UAUAUUAAAACUUGACCCGCCAGAUUCUAGGGUUUCCCAACAAAACCACAUUCUCCCUUCUCUCCCAUCAAACACACACCCUGCAGGCUCCUACAGAGAGUGAGAGAUAAUCAGAAAAUGGUGGCUUUUCGGUUCCAUCAGUAUCAGGUGGUGGGCAGGGGUCUGCCGACGGAGAACGAUGAGCACCCUAAGAUCUACCGCAUGAAACUCUGGGCUACCAAUGAAGUUCGUGCUAAGUCCAAGUUCUGGUAUUUUUUGAGGAAGCUCAAAAAGGUGAAGAAGAGCAAUGGUCAAAUUCUUGCUAUCAAUGAGAUAUUUGAGAAGAACCCAACUAAGAUCAACAACUAUGGUAUUUGGUUGCGCUACCAGAGCAGAACUGGUUAUCACAACAUGUACAAGGAGUUUCGUGAUACCACCUUGAAUGGUGCUGUUGAACAGAUGUACACUGAGAUGGCAUCUCGUCACAGGGUCCGCUAUCACUGCAUUCAGAUCAUCAAGACAGCCACUAUCCCAGCUAAGCUCUGCAAGCGAGAGAGCACCAAGCAAUUUCACAACUCAAAGAUUAAGUUCCCGUUGGUGUUCAAGAAAGUACGACCACCAACCAGGAAGCUCAAGACAACCUACAAGGCUUCCCGACCCAACCUUUUUGUGUAACUUGAUUGGCCGUUUGUUGGAUUAAAACGCCAAUACAUUUUUGGUGCAAUUUUGUUUGCUUUAGUUGUAUCCAUUUGAUAUCAAUGGAGAAGUUUUCAGAAAACGAAUUAAACAUUUUUUGGCUUUCAAGUGCUCUGUAACUCCUGAUUUGGAUUUGGAUGCCUUUGAGUCAUCAGACUGUUUUUUGUGUCUUCUA